UUUCUGCUUCCUGCCAGGGGAUGGGAAAUAUAAAAAGUGAGGCAGUAUCUUUUUUUAAAAAUUGGAUGCUGCUGCCACUGCUGUGACAAGCUGCACUGGAGAGUGGAGGAAGCACACACAGUCGGAGAUAGAAGAUGGCAGAGGCUGAAAGCACAGUUAUAAACACCAAUGUGAAACAGAAAGACCCAAAUGAGGCGCUGGUCAUCGCCGUGACAACCAGGGCCAUCUUCAACCUGGAGGAGGAACAUCAGCUGUUCCUGACAAAGGGCAAGGAAGAGUAUGUGAAGUAUCAGCAACUCAAUGAGGAUAAGCCCUUGGAGCAAGGUACAGCCUUCGCUUUCAUUCAGGCCGUGCAGUUUGUGAAUGAGAAACUCCUGGAGAGAAACCCAGAGGAGAAGGGCCUCUUUGAUGUCAUCAUCCUCUCCAACAACAGCCCAGAGAGUGGCAUGCGCAUCGUCAACAGUGCUAAGCAACAUGGUUUGGAGAUUUCCAAGUUUUGCUUUGUCAGCGAUGAAGAUUCCACCCAGUACUUGAAAUCCCAUAAUGUCAAGCUCUUCCUCUCGGCCGACAGGAUGGACGUGUGCAAUGCACUCCAACGAGGAGUGUCGGCGGCUCUCAUCUUCCAGCAGGAGGUGCAGACCCCCAGCACCCAACUGCGAGUGGUGUUUGAUGGGGAUGCCGUGCUCUUCUCGAAUGAGACAGACCGGGUUUUUCGAGAGAAGGGGCUGUCGGGGGCUCUGGAGUAUGAGAGGGCAAUGGAAGCCGUGCCCAUGGGAGAGGGUCCAUUGAAGGCAUUUGCCAUGCAUCUUGGGAAGAUGCGCAAGAAGUUCAGCCAGGAGAAUUCCCCUAUUCGCACCUACUUGGUGACUGCCCGCAGCGGCCGGGAUAUGGGCAUCCGUGCUAUCAAGACCCUCCGAGAAUGGGGGCUGGCGAUUGACGAGGCCUUCUUCAUGGACGGGGCUCCCAAGGGCCCUCUCCUCUCCCAGAUCCAACCCCACAUCUUCUUUGACGAUGGCCUUCAUAACAUCCAGGGGGCUCAAGAUAUUGGCAUACCCUCUGCCUUGGUCCCCUGUAACUGCUGAUGGGCAGGGAUGAAGGGGCAAAGGUCCUCCAAGGAUCAGGUCUCCCAAAUGCAAUUGGAGAACACAAGGACAAAGCUUCUGCCAGAAGGGAUAAGGGAGGAUUUCUAAACCUGUGCUAAGCAAGCUCAGGGGAGAGGGAGAGAAGAUGCUGUGUGCUGAUGUGGUGCUGGAUCUAUUACUCUUGGGUCCCUCUCUUAGUUCCAAAGACAGGGUCCAUCUGAUCCUGGGGAUGUGGCAACAGAAGGCCAAAAAUCCACAGGAAGGAAGGAUGCUUGAAAUGUAACUAUUACGCCCAUCUCUUGAUCUGCCUUAGCCGUCUCUUCAAUGAUUGCCGCCCUUCCAGCCACUAGGGAUAAUGUGCUCCACCACUCAUGUCAUACAAGCACUGAAACCACAGCUCUAGUGACGAGACCAUGUGAGCUGAAGACAGCAUGUAACUGUCGUAAGAGGCAGGCAAUGUAAGCUCGGCCUGCACUCAGACAUGGGGGUUGGUCUUUGGAGCUUUGGGCCAGUACUGCUAUUCAAAUACCAAUAUGCCCUCUAAAUGCUGCAUUUGUUGGGGGUGGUGCUUUUUCAAAGGAAACUCUUUUUUUUAGUGUGUAUGUUUUAUAUAUAUAUGUGGCCAAAUCCUGAGGGGUGCUGAGCAGCUAGUGAGCACUUGCAGCUUCCACUGACUUCAGCAGGAGUUUCAGAUGCUCAGCACCUCCCAGGAUUUGAGUGCCAGGGACCAGGGACUCUGUCUUCUCAUAGAUUCUAGUUUGUAGGUAUGCCUUACAUUGGGCCUGAUUCUGAUUUCCCAUUGGUGUAAAUCAGGAGUAACUCCACAGAAAUCAGUGGAAUUAUAUCAGGGUAAGUGAAAUCAGAAUCCGGUCCUUAAUAUCUAGUAGUUAAUUUAAUGUCAACCGCUCUCUCUUUCACGUCUCUUUUCUGCUCAGUUCUCUCUUUUCCUGCCAGCCACGCAGCCUCUCUGCUGCUCUCUCCUCUAAAUGGCACAGAAAGAUCAAGUCGCUGUCAGUUUAUAAUGCACAACACUGCAAAGCUGCUUUUCUUGCAGUAUCUCGAGUAUGUUUGUGCUGAGAAUAGGGUAAGAAUGGCAAGCCCUACGGUAUAUCUGGUCAUUCACACUUAGGAUCCAAGAUAAAUCAUGUCCAAUGUUAUUUUCCAGUAAUAAUUUUUUUAAGAACUAAGUCUGUGUUGGUUAUAGCUGCGCACAAAUAUGAUGCAAAGCCCUCAUAUAGACAUAAUAUACACAGGAUACUAGAGUUAUUUCCUGUGUGUGUGUGUGUGU